AUGAGGUGUUCUCGGCACCUGCGGACAGAGUUGGGCCUGGCUGUGGCUCUGGGCACCUUCACCCUCCUCCUUCUCUCAAUCUGCAGGUCACCACCCACCUGCCCAGGCCUGAAGGAGCCACCGGGCACCCCCGUGGCUCUGGUCUGGCCCUCGCCACCCUCCCGCCCACUGCCCACCCCCUGCCUGGCCAACUCCUCCAUGGCCGCCCUGCCGGACUUCGCCAGGCAGCCGCAGCAUAUCCGCAACUUCCUGCUGUACAAACACUGCCGCGAUGUCGUGCUGCUCCAGGACGUGCCGCCUGACAAGUGCGUGCAGCCAGUCUUUCUGCUGCUGGUGAUCAAGUCCUCGCCCAGCAAUUACGAGCACCGGGAGCUGGUGUGGCUCAGGUGGGGCCGUGAGCACCAGGUGCACGGCGUCCAGCUGCGCCGCCUCUUCCUCGUGGGCACGGACCCCAACCCGCCGGAGACGCGCAAGGUCAACCGGCUGUAGGCCAUGGAGGCGCGGAUGCACGGUGACAUCCUGCAGUGGGAUUUCUACGACUCAUUCUUCAACCUCACGCUCAAACAGGUGCUCUUCCUACAGUGGCAGAAGACAAGGUGCACUGCCAGUUUUAUGCUCAACUGAGAUGAUGACGUCUUUGCCCACCCAGACAACGUGGUCACCUACCUUCAGGGCAACAACCCUGACCACCACCUCUCUGUGGGGCAGUUGACUCACAGUGUGUGCCCCGUCCGCCUUCCCUGGAGCAAGUACUAUGUGCCGAAGGUGGUGACAGAGGAAGAACACUACCCGCCCUACUGCAGGGGUGGUGGCUUCCUACUGUCCCGCUUCACAGCCACCACCCUGUGCCACACCCCCGCCCUGGACUUCUUCCCCAUUGAUGAUGUCUUCCUGGGCAUGUGCCAAAAGCAGGAGGGCUCACACAGUGGUAUCCUCACGGCCGGUAUUCAGGCCCCCUCCAGCCACCUGUCCUCCUUCGACCCCUGCUUCUACCGAGAGCUGCCGCUGGUGCACCGCUUCCUGCCCUACGAGAUGCUGCUCAUGUGGGACGUGCUGAACCAGCCCAACCUCACCUGUGACAAGUGGACACAGAUCUACACAGAGGUGGAGUCAGGGCCCCCAGCCUCGAGGCUACUGUCUCCAUCCCCAUAGAAAGGUCAGCAGCUUCCUCCCCGGAAGCUGAGACCUUUGUCCUCCUAAGUGGGAAGGACCUAGGAGAGUACCAGGGAGGUUGGAUGAGUCUGGCUGGUGAAUUCCUACACAUCCUUCAAAACUCACCUAGUACUGCCUAGACCGUGUUCCAUCAUCCUCCCUAGACUCUCAGCUGGAAGGACCAUCUCUUUCCAUAUCAGCUAAUGGCAGAAGCACUUCUGCUAGGGCCCCAGCUGCUGCUGCUGCAUCCAUCCCUUUUCCAUGUCCCACUUCCUAGCCCUGACCUUGAUCAUGGGCUGAAGCCUAAGCAGUGACCAGCCUCUCCUUGGUUGUGAACCUGCGACGGUGGGUGAAUUCCUGCAAUGGUUCAAGGCCAAUUGAGGACACCUGGGUCCACAUGCAGCCGAAGCAAGAAGGAUUUUUCAGCUGGGAAGAGGGUUUCUUUUCUCCACCCCUCCCUGGAUCUUGGACCCCUCAGAUGGUGGGAGGGGCCAGAGAGCCUGGGAAUGGGACCGCCCCCUCCCUGCUCGUGGCUUCAAGCGCUCUAAUGGUGGAAACAUUGGGCAGAGGAGGGAGGGAGCUAUCUGUCUCAGGCUAUGGGAGCUCAGAGUUUCUGGAGUCCCUGACAGGACCCAGCCCCACACUGGUGCUCCCCAACAAUACAGGAGAGAGUAUUGGGGCAAGAGGGGUCUUCCCUGGGCCCAAGGCCAGCACACACACCUUAGUGCCCAGAGAAGGGCGAUAUUCAGGUCCUUGGGAAACCCUAAGUUCUCGGGACCCAGGACUGGCCCCCGCCCCUGUGUGUCUCUCAGACUGGGGAGAUCCAAGUGAACUGGUGACCCCCCCCAGCCCUGCCACCCUCGGACAGGUGUCUGAGACAGGCUUCACAGGGAUUGGGGCAGUGGCAAAGGGGGCUUCACACAGCAGAGUGAGGACUGGAGACCAGGUCCUC